AUGUCUGCCACCAUCAUUUCCAAGAAGAGAAAACACGUCGCCGACGGUGUCUUCUACGCUGAGCUCAACGAGUUCUUCACCCGCGAGCUCUCUGAGGAGGGUUACUCCGGCAUUGAGGUCAGAACCACCCCCAACAAGACUGAGAUCAUCAUCAGAGCCACCCACACCCAGGAGGUCCUUGGUCCCCAAGGCCGCAGAAUCCGUGAGCUCACCACUCUUGUCAGAAAGCGUUUCGGCCUUAAGGAGGAGGCUCUUGCCCUCUACGCUGAGCGUGUCCAGCAGCGUGGUCUUUCCGCCAUUGCUCAGUGCGAGUCUCUCAAGUACAAGCUCCUCAACAACCUGGCUAUCCGCAGAGCCGCUUACGGUGUUGUCCGUUACGUUAUGGAGUCUGGCGCCAAGGGUGUCGAGGUUGUCGUUUCCGGCAAGUUGAGAGCUGCCCGUGCCAAGUCUAUGAAGUUUGGCGCUGGUUUCAUGAUCCACUCUGGUCAGCCCGUCAGAGACUUUAUUGACACUGCCACCCGUCACGUCCAGCUUAAGCAGGGUAUGCUUGGUGUUAAGGUCAAGAUUAUGAGAGACCCUGCUGCCGAGGCCAAGUUUGGUUCUCCCAAGUCCACUCUCCCCGACACUGUUGUUAUCCACCCUCCCAAGGAGGAGGCUGCUCCUACCGAGCCCUCUGUCAUUACCUACAAUGUCGAGGAGCCCGAGGCUGCUGCCCCUGUUGCCGAGGAGCCUGCCGCCGCUGCUGCUCAGUAA